CUUGGUUCGUGCUGCUGAUAGUCACAACCGAUAACAGCAGCGCGUUUCGAAUCUACCAAUAGCAUGCAGCAGUGUGGCUGCACUGUGAAUCGAUCAGUAUUGCCUGCCUCUUCCCCUGUCCAUGCCCAUGCCCAUGCCCCUGUGCGGCUCUCCCCCUCUCCACCCAUUGUUAUACCGCCGAUCGUCCUGCCACCCGCCGCCACCCCCACCUCUCCCCCUGCCCCAAUCACCCCUCCCUCUAUCACCCCCUCUGUCGCGGCCGCCACGCCACCCCCCGCGCCCUCGACCGCCUCGCCCCCGCUGGCCCUCGCCCCUCUCGCGCAUCUCCUGCACCUGCAGAUGCACAGGUGUGUGUUUGUGUGUGGGUGUCAGCGGCUUGCACUGUUGAGGUGCCCCUACCCUGUUCAUGACGAGGUUGAGAGCGAGGCCCUGUUUGUUGGCGAGGUAGUCGUUGGCGGACCGCAGUGACUUGACGAAGGCGGUGCUGCCGGUGAGGACGGACAGGGGCACAGCGGAGAGGGGGGAGCUGUCGUCGGGGAUCGAACCAUCGUGCCAGCGACGGUGCAGCUGCUCACACAACACACACAUGCGAGAGAGAAGGAUGGAGAAUGGCUAGCGUCUACUCUGUGUGUGUGUGUGUGUGUUGUCUGUCUUACCGUGCUCAUCGACUGCAUCAGGAGGUCAAACUGCGGCCCGUGACGGCCCUUGAAGAACUUGGCCACCAAGUAGCGCUCUGAAUGAGUCAACCGACACAUGCCGUGCGCAUCGCAAUGGCCUCAUCCAUCCAACAACCAUUGCACCUGAGUUGACGAUUCGCGAGCGGCGUGGCUUGACCAGGUACACCUCGCGGAAGCAGUGGCAGCACGCGUAGAUCACACUCGCCUGCCAAUGCAAGCAAACAGACAAAGAAACAACACCUGUGUGUGGCUGUGCUGUCUUCGGUGCAUGUGACCCAUUGCAAUGCCCGCGCACCAACCGUCAUGUCCGAGAAGCUGUCGAAGAGUUUGCAGACGAGGUGGCCGUCGGGGCGGAGAACCAUGAACGACAUCAGAAUCUGACACACCACACAUACGAGCACGCAAUCGGUGAGGUGAUCUGCCAAUGUGAUGUGUGCAUGGGUCGCCGCCGCCACACCUCAGCGAGAACGAUCCUGCUCGAGAACAACUCCUGGUAGUUUUCCAGGUGCUCCCCCGUCUCAGCGUCCUUACCUGACGCACAGAACACACCAUCCAUCCACCACUCCCUCUCCCCCUCUCUCUGGCCCCCCUCCCCUCCUUCACCCACCUACCGAUUUUGAACCCGCCGUCGGCCACAGCCAGGUGCACCCCCUCGUCGAAGCGGGCAUCGGUCUUGCCAUAGAUGCCCUUGAAGAUCUGCUGCACGGCGUGUGUGAGGUUUGCAGGGGGGUAGACGUUGCCGGUGCUGUCCUCGCCCCACAGGGCCGUCCACCGAGGGUCGUCCAGCAGGUGCGGGUACCAGUCGCACUGACGCUCGCUGCUCGCAUCCUAACACAGGCACACCAAAGAGAGAGAGAGGGAGUGAGGGAGAGAGGGAGAGAGGCUGGCACGUGUUUUGGUGUGGUGUGUUGGUUGUCCCUCCCUCACUUUGAGUGUCAUGCCCCAUCCCUUCAUCCGCAGCUGGAACUCCUUGGCCAGCUCAAACAGGAACUCAGACCAGCUACCGGGCCCGCCACAUAUGUCCGCGAAGUACACAUCAGCAGCAGCAGCAGCGUCUGCCUGGUCGUCGCCUGAUGAUGCCGUAGUAGUAGUAGUAGUAGUAGUUGGUGCACCCUGGCCGCUCUCCAGCUUGCGGCGCUUUGUGUCUGGCCCUUCACCUGGAUCGCCGACGGGCUCCGCACCCUCUGGCCGGCAGUCGAGGAUGCCGCCAACGGCCUCGCACACCUGACAGAAGGCACACAGGGCGGGGGGAUGGCCGUUGUGUGUGUGGCGUGGUGCGUGUGCGGUGGAUGGUCACCUCCUGCAGCUUGUCGCCGGCUCGGUUCCGGAAUUUCUCCGAGCCAUGGCGGUCCUGCAGACACACACACAACAGACGACAGACAGACAGGCGGCAGAUGCUGCGCAGCUCCCGCUGAGUGUGAGUCUGUAUCACCACGCACCUGUGGGAAGAUUUCCUCCCUCGCACGGCUGUAGAGUUUGCCCUGUUCGGCGUCGAAAACCUCAUCCAUUCGCGACUUCUGCUGCCACAGCUUGUCGACCAGGUCGGAGUUGACCCACGCCGUGUGGCGCAUGCGGUCAGGCCGCUGCACCCUGCACACGCACACAGCCCAUCACAUCUCACAUCAACCACAGCAUCACACACACACACGUUGUGGCGCCUUUCUGCUGUGCCUGCAUGCCUGUCGAACGGUGCGAGGUCGUCCAUCGACCACUCCUGAAGUGGCUGGUCAUCUGCAGACGGCAGCAGACACACACAUGCAUCUUGUGCGUCCCAUCGCCCUGUCGAGUGCAUUGGGUGCAUUCCACCUAUUUUGAUGGGAAAACAUUCCGUGAUCUCGCGGAUCUCAUCUGAACUCUCUGCUCCAGCCAUUUUCGG